AAGUGCCCAACUGGGCAUGGAGUCAGACAGGAACUCCCAGCAACUUCUUGUAAAAUAAGCAGUGACACUCCCUCUGUUGCCACAGUCUGCCAGGAGGAAGGAGAGUAUGAAGUAAAGCAGGAGUGGAGAGAGUGUAACCGGAAUAGUAGAGGGUCAGUGGAGUGGAUUACAUUAACACUGAGUGUAACACUAACUCAGAGACAGUGAGAGAGGAUGAGGGACAUUAGACAGUGGUACCGGUGUUUGGUGAUCAUGGUGAUUGUGGGGAGUCUUGAGGGUUCAUGUUACGUUGAACCACUCGUGGCCACAAAGGAUGGUGACAUCAUCAUCGGGGGACUCUUCCCAGUGCACGAGAGUGUUAACUUUACGGACGGCAAAGACGGGGAGCCUUCUGAGCGAAACUGCACCAGAUAUUCUGAAUCUCGGCUGCUCCAGGCCCUGAUGCUGGUUGAAGCCGUGGAGUCCAUCAACCGCUCGCCCCUGCUAGGCAACCUGACGCUGGGCUACCGUAUAGUGGACUCCUGCUCGGACGUCACCACUGCUGUGGCUGUUACCCAGAGGUACCUGGAUGUCAACUCUGUCUGCCCCCAAGAAGUCAGGGAGAGAGAUGGCUGGAACAACAGCAGUCACACCGGUCCCUCUAGACCCGUCAACGUUGUCAUAGGAGGGUACCACUCAGAGAUCUCCAUCGCUGUGGCCAGGCAGCUGUCCAUCAAUCAAAUCCCACAGAUCAGUUAUGGCUCCACCACAGGAAUUCUGAGUGACAAAUCUCGCUUCCCAGCUUUCAUGCGGACAGUACCAGAGGACAACUAUCAGGCACAGGCAAUUGUUGACAUCCUGGUGAACCACAACUGGACCUGGGUGGGUCUGGUGACCACUGAUGGGGACUACGGCCGUUAUGCCGCCCAGCGCUUCCGGCAACACGCUGAGAGACAGGGCAUCUGCAUAACAUUCAGUGUGGUGCUCCCGGAUAUACUCGAUGACACUGAACUUAAGGAUGGCAUCAAUAGCACGAUCAAGUUUUUGGAGGACAAUCCCAAAGCCCGUGCUGUGGUGUCCUUUGCAAAGGCGGACCACAUGAUGUACAUCAUGCAGAAAUUGACACCGAAUGCCACGGGCCGAGUCUGGAUCGCCAGUGACAACUGGGCCACGUCUCAGCGUGUGCUCGAGUUCGCCAACCUCACUGAUGUUGGGGUCAUCGUCGGGGUUACCUUGAAAUCUGCAAAUACGUCACACAUCGAGAGGUAUCUGGAGGGCCUGGAUCCCGACCCGGAGGCUCACCAGAACAACACCAUGCUGCAGUGGUUCCUGUUGGAAGAGGGCAAGGGCAAGGGCAUGGUUCAGCCCGGGCUGGGAGAGACGCUGAAGAAGAAGAUCUACCCAUACGCCGCGUUCAGUGUGGGGCUGGCGGUCAGAGCCAUAGCCAGUGCCGUGGCCGACCUCUGUGCAAACAGAGACUGCACAGGAGGGGAAAACUUUGAACACUGGGAGCUGAAGCACGCUUUGAGGAAAGCUACCUUUGGAAUAGAUGGAAAGACGUACAGCUUUGAUGAACGUGGUGACCUUAAUUCUGGGUAUGACCUUGUACUUUGGAGGAAGGACAAAGAUGGUGUGGGUGUGGAUGUGCAUGACAUCGUGGCUAAGUACAACAUCACCUCUCGCAAGCUGUACUUUGUGGGAAAUGGAAAACAGAAGGUCUUCAGCUUAACAGGAAAUGUAACAUCCAGGUGCUCUGAUGACUGUGCAUGGGGUUACAGGAAGGUCGUAUAUAGGGAUAGGCCUGUUUGCUGCUUUGAAUGUACCAAAUGCAGCAAUAACACUUAUAGCAAUGAAUCAAGUGUGGAGGAGUGUAUAAAGUGUGGUGUAAACCAAUGGUCUGAAAUGGCUAGCACCAUGUGCUUGGACAAAAGUGUCGUGUUUUUCAGCUGGAGGGAAACCUUUGCGAUCGUCUUGUUGUGGUUCGCCGCUCUUGGCGUGGUCAUCACCCUGGUGGUGCUGGUGCUGUUCCUGGCUCAGUGGUCCACCCCUGUGGUGAAGGCCUCUGUUGGGCCCUUCUCACUCCUGCUCCUCCUCUCUCUGCUCGGCACCUUUACCAGCACCGUGCUAUUCGUGGGCAGGCCCAACGACCUCCAGUGCCAGGCGCGCCAGGUGCUGUUUGGCAUCAGCUUCACCUUGUGCGUCUCCUGCAUUCUGGUCAAGUCCUUGAAGAUCCUCCUGGCCUUCCAAAUUGACCCCUCUGUAAAGCAAGUCCUGAAACGUCUUUACCAGCCCUACCUGAUCAUAUCUGCCUGUGUGGCUCUCCAGGUUGUUAUCUGCUCGGUCUGGCUCAUUUUAAGCCCUCCCAGCGCCAUCAAGGAGCCAUACGGACCAGGUCUGAUUCUCUUGAGGUGUGACGAGGGCUACUUCCUCUACUUUGGUCUCAUGCUGGCAUAUAACGCCCUCCUAGGCCUGAUUGGAUUGGUCAUUGCCUUUAUGGGCCGGAAGCUGCCAAACUGCUACAACGAGGCCAAAUUUAUCAGCUUCAGCAUGGUCAUCUACCUCAUAUGCUGGGUGGUGUUUGGCCCCGUCUACGCCCAGGCCAGAGCAGGCAUUUUCCUCCCGGCGGUGGAGAUGAUUGUGAUCCUCAUCUCUGCCUAUACCAUUCUCUGCUGCCACUUCAUUCCCAAGUGCUAUAUCAUCUGCUUCAAGAGUAAAAGCAACACCCGUGAAGUGUUCCGGCGCAAGCUAUGGGAGUUCGUCCAUCGCAAGACGAUGAAGCAAUCGUGCACCUCCUCAGAUGCACCUCCUUACAAGAACAGCUUCUCCAGUGACUCCUUCGGUGGCUCCUCCCUCAACAGCUCCCUCAACGGCUCCUUCAGAAGUUCCCUGAGUAGCUCCAGCUCUGAGCCAUCCCUGGGACUAAAGGAUGAGAAGUCUUACCAAGGACGAACAUCUCCGGAAUCUGGCAUAUACAUCUUGCCUCUGACACCUGGUUUCCAGACACCAGAACCACAGAGCUUCCCUGCUAUCGAUGGGGACAAAGGGGGUCAGGACGGACAUGAUAGCAUAUCUUGACCUCAGUAAUAACGAACUGAGACAUAGAGGUGGUGAGAGAUUCCAGUCUACUCUGCUCAUUGAUGACACAUUCAGAUGUGUUCAGUGUUCAUGUGUGGUACCUGUAUUUGCAAUAAUGCUUUUUAAUUCAAUGGUAAAUGGUCAAAUUCAUAAGUGGAAUUCUAUGUUAUUACAGUGUUCAAAAGGCAGCUAAAAACCUAUCUUUUUACCAAAGCAUCUCAUUAAUUUUAUCUUGCACUAUUUAUACUUUAUUUCUCUGUAACUUGCACUAUACAUUUUAUCUUGCACUAUUUCACUAUGUAUACUCUACUAUUUCUCUGUAAAACUGUUUUAAGGGUACUAUAGUACUGUCAAAAACCAUAUUGUGGCUUCAAUAUAUCUCCUGUUUUUCUCACAGAUAUUUUGCUAACGAGAGACAAAUUAGGAGAGCUAGCUCCGUCCCCUGGUCCUCUGGGCGCGGCAAACAUAGCGAGGGCUAUACAAGGUUUAGUCGGUCUCUGAGAGAGACAAAUUGGGAGAGCUAUCUCCGGUCACCUGGAAGGCCUCUGGGCACGGCAAACAUAUCUAGUUCGCCUUGUCGAGAGGAAAGUAUUAGAUAAAGGAAGGCGGAAUCUAUGAAGCAACACUAGGGUUCUGACUGAGCUAAAGAUUUUAAAUCCUUUUACUUUACAGACCAGGCAGAAGGGUUUUAUUACUUUUAUUACUUUUGUAACGAGAAUAUAGUAAUCCAAGAAGCCUAUUGGAACAUCAGGUUCUGAUACGAUGUUGACGAAUGUCUUGCAUUAUAUCCUUCCAUGCAUUGCUCCUGCUGCUUGUUUUUAUUGAUUUUAUGUAAAGCACUUUGAAC